GUCCAGGCUUGAGCAAGCAACGAAUGUCCAGGGCCGAUUGCGCUCCGACUUGAGGCCUGCGGUAGAACUACCACUACAUUUUAGUACGUCGUGCAUUCAGAACCACGACUUUUGAGCUCUUGAGCCUCUUUUGAAUUUGUUGUGGUGCUGCUAGAGGGUGGGAGUGGCAUCUGGUGCUGCCCAUAUCGCAUUAAGCCUCUACAAUAUGUCGUCGAAACUCAGAAUCCUCGUCCCGGUCAAACGAGUCAUCGACUAUGCCGUCAAACCACGAGUAAAAUCGGACCGGACGGGCGUCGAAACCGCCAAUGUCAAACAUUCGCUCAACCCCUUCGACGAACUCUCCAUCGAAGAGGCAGUGCGCCUGCGCGAGCGCAAGCAGCCCGUAGAAGACAUCCUCGCCGUGUCGGCCGGGCCGGCGAAAUGCGCAGACACCCUGCGCACUGCCAUGGCCAUGGGCGCCGACCGCAGCAUUCACAUCGACGUGCCCGAGGACAAGGCUCUGGAGCCACUGGGCGUGGCCAAGCUCCUCAAGGCGAUCGCCGAGAAGGAACAAUCCAACCUGAUCAUCCUCGGCAAGCAAGCGAUCGACGACGACGCAGGCCAGACGGGACAAAUGCUCGCGGGGUUGCUCAACUGGCCGCAGGCCACGCAGGCGAGCAAAGUCGAGAUCAGCGACGAUACGAUCACGGUGACCAGGGAAGUCGAUGGUGGUGAGGAAACGCUCAAGGCGAAACUGCCCAUGAUCAUCACGACGGAUCUACGGCUGAACGAGCCGCGGUACGCGAGUCUGCCGAACAUCAUGAAGGCCAAGAAGAAGAAGCUCGAGAAAAAGACGUUGGCCGACUAUGGAGUCGAUGGCAAGGCGAGGCUGAAGACGAUCAAAGUCGAGGAGCCGCCAACCAGACAGGGUGGAGGCAAGGUUGAGGAUGUGGAUGGUAUGAUCAGCAAGCUGAAAGAACUGGGUGCCAUCUAGACUCCACCGAAAAUGUAGAUUGAUUUUGAUGAUGCAUACCUGUAGUAAUCCGCAGGGUCCUGGCUUGCCAUAAAGAGCAGAUAUGCUGAAUGCGUACCCCGUAUAUGAGAAAGAGAGCAUUAGCGGUGGGUUCUUUGGGGGCCGGUGAUACUGGCACGCGCACACGGUAAAGAAGCAUACUGGUUUGUUUCAGAUCAUUUGAUUGUAUGGAGGAUUCUAUCAACCCCAUGCAUUCCCGCAGGAUUGGUCUGCUAACCUCCUGUGCAAGAACGCCAGCGCUAUGCUAUGAUGCAGAAAAAGCAACCCGCUGC